GCAAAGCCAAAGACGGGACGGUUAUGCAAGCCCUUGGUCGUCUCUGCAGUAACAGAGCUGUAGCCGCGAGCUUUUACCGUAGCGAAAGCAAAUUCUCGAAAAUGCAGACGCAAGGGCCACCGGGACUCACCCCAAUUCACCCUAUGACCAGAGCAUAUACGCUAGACGCGCGACCCUCUCCUUCUCCGCCUCCGCACUCUACCCCACCGGUCGAAAAUCUCCUCCAACUUGUCCGCCAGCUCCGCGACGGUACCUACGCUUCUUCUGAAGACAUUGUCACCACCCUUACACCCGACGAAUACAACGCGUUCGAGACCGCUAUUAACGCCGAUACAGACUUGCGCGGUUGGGCCGAAGACAAACUCCACUCGAGCUGGCUACCUACUACAUGCCAGCUAAUUAUUACGAUUGAAACGGCUAAGCACAAAGGUUUCUCUCUUAAAACUUGGCGUCUACUCUGGCAGUCUACGGAGUCAUCCGUCCGGCAACGUCCACACGGUUCUCCGGCGCACGCCGAGCUCAAGAGGCUUGAUUUUGACGGCGGAGGCGCCAUCACCCCAUUAUUUGGUGCUAGAAACGGCAAACUCAGCCCCGAUAUGGCAGUCUAUAAAGUCAGUGGCGACGGCAAUUGCGGGUUCCCUACAUGCACCGGGGAAGUCGCCGACACCGAGACCUGGAAACACGUACAAGCCAAAGCGGCGGAGUACUUCAAGGUAUACAACAACUACAUCAAGACCGUUGGUAUCUUCAAAAUUAUUCCCGACAGGGGGCAGUCGCAAACUUCCCUCGAGGCCAAGUACCAGAUCUGGAGAGCCACCAGCAGCCCCGGGCACCCGCAAGCCUCUCCUGAAGUCAUCUUCCGCAGCAGCAACGGCGAUGUCCUGGACGGAGCUCUGACGCUGAAGCUUUCCGACCUGUACCCUAACUCGCAAGACGAUGUGGAUAUAGAGAUUCCACACCAUCGAUUGGCGACUGCACUCGCAGAGGCGGAGAAGCUCCAAGAGUUGGAUAACAGCAUCUCGCUGCAAGCCAGUGACAGCAACCCCACCGUCCCGUCGCCUUCUACCGCUGAACCGCCGCCUUCUACCCCAGGCCCCGCCCAAGCUACUGAACCCGCCCUGUCCCCAGUGCCGGCUCAUACUUCCAUCAACAUCUCCGGCCGUCCCGCUGAUGCCCCUGCUCCACUCUUUCCUGCUGACGAUCGAGACCUCGCCCAACUCUGGGUAAAAUGGCAGGAGAUGCGAGGAGCGGGUGUAAAUGUUACCUUCGAGGAGUUCGCCAGCAUCCGGGGGUUCUCCACCCGAAGUACGACUCCCGACAGCCGCUCCGCCCAGGAUCCGGUAUAGGAUUCCGCUUAUUCGCCAUUAGGCUGACCGCGACUCCAGCGCGUAUAUGGCCUCCGACCCCGAAUGAUUAUGUUGGCGGUUCGGUC